GACCUGUAAACAAUUGUCGAUCACAUGACACCGUGAACGAACCUACCGAAGUCGUUGAAUUUGACGAUCAUCAAGAUGGACGCAAAAAUUGUAUUAUUAGUGAAAUUUAGCAUUCUGUUCUUACUGUACAUCAGCCCGACGAAGGCCCAGGAAUUCCCACCGUUUACUGAGGACUGUCGUACUGAUGCCUACCCACCACCGGUCAACACCAAGGUUGGGACUUAUGUUCUAAAUCUGGACCAAGCACCAGAAGACAGAUGGACUGGACUCGUCAAACCAAUGGCAGACAAGAUGAAAAUAAUGAUUCAAGACAUCAAGGAUUUGGUUGGAAUCUUCGUCAAUGAGACAAAGGCUAUAAAUCUGGUGGAUGAACUUUUAGCUCCUCUUACUGAUACCUUUCCUGAACCAUACCAAGGAGAGCUCAGGGGUAUUGCUAAUGCUACAGGCAUCCCACUAGGUGAAGUUGUUCUCUAUAAUAUAUUCUAUGAAGUCUUCACUGUGUGCACUUCAUUGGUAGCCCAGGAUAAAACAGGAGAUUUAUUCCAUGCCAGGAAUUUGGACUUUGGACUCUUCCUUGGCUGGGAUGUAAAGAACCAAACGUGGGCCUUGACAGAGCGUCUGCGACCAUUGAUCAUCAAUGUAGAAUAUCAGCAGGGAGGAAAGACGGUUGCCAAGGGAGUUCACUUUGCAGGUUAUAUAGGAGUCAUCACCGGCAUGAAACCUGGUGUUCUGUCACUGUCCAUGAAUGAGAGAUUCCAGCUUGAGGGAGGUUUCAUUGGUAUCAUUGAGUGGAUCAUUGGUCAGCGUGAUGGUCAGUGGAUGGGGUUCGUGCUCAGGGAUGCAGUCGUCAAGGCAACAGACUUUAAUUCAACUCUGCAAUACCUGACAUCAGUUGAUCUGCUUGCUCCUGGCUACAUAAUUCUUGGUGGAAACUCGUCUGGAGAGGGCGCUAUCAUUACAAGAUCUGUUGGCACAAAGGCAGAUAAUGUCAAAAUGUUGGACCCUGCUCAUGGCACAUGGUAUCUUGUGGAAACAAACUAUGACAACUGGAAGAACCCGCCUUUCUUUGAUGACAGACGAGCACCAGCCACAAAAUGCAUGAACACAAUGAGUCAAGCAAAUGUGGGACUGAAAGGAAUUUUCAAUGUACUUUCCACCAAACCUGUCAGAAAUCUUUUAACAACCUACACAGCAUUGAUGCAUGUAAGAAACGGAACGUUGGACACCUAUCUACAAUACUGCCCUCAACCAUGCUUCCCCUGGUAAAUUAUCAUGAUGGAUGAUAAUUAACAUCAUUUGAAAUGCACUCUUUAUCAAGAAGCAUUGCACACACCAAAAAAAAAAAAAAGAAAUUUACUUAUUUUCAAUUUAUUUGAUGUUUGAAACCAUUUCACUCAUGAGGAGUGAAUUUCUUGCGUGUAUUAUUUCACGCAAAACCAUAGUCAGUCAGGUAUAACAAUUGGAGUGUCAUAAAUGAUUAUGCUAGACUAAAAUCACAUUUAAAUCCUUGUUGUGUGCAAUAUGACUUAUCUUCACAUUAGUAAGAUUAUUAUGCUCCAGGGAUGCAUACAAUCCUGUUAACAAGAUUGCAAAUUAUGUAAAGCACAUGAUGUGCACAUUAAUGCAUAUGCAUUAUUUUAACCCGUUUGUGUAUGAGCAGGAAAUUCCAUCUGAAUAGAAUAUUUUCUUAGGCUCAAAAUGGCUGGAAAAGUAAUUCCCGGGAGUGAUUCCUCAUGCGUAAUCAUGUACCUUUGAUGCAAUCUUUAUUCCUGAGCAUAGUCUCUCCAUUUUGUUUGUGAUUUUUUUUAAAAUAAAUUAAUAUUACAUCUUGAAGGUGUAGUUUGGGCAUUGUCUCAACUAGGGAGCACGAAUAGGAUUAAGUACACAUUGCCUGUAUGUCAAACAGUCUGCAAUAUAUGGGUAUUGUUGCAUCAGUACUUAUUAGGCUUACUUACAUAUCUUCAUAUAUAUUCUUAAUAGAAUAUGAACAGAAAUUAUUUGGAAAUGGGUUUGUGAUGAUUUUAUGUUAUCUUUUAGUAUGUACAAUGAUCUCGUCUUUCAAAUUUGGCAAAUCUCUUCCAAUUGAGUGUUGGUUUUGUAAUGAUUGUGUUGUUUUUCAAUGUGCCAUAGUCUUCAUAUGUCAUAGCAUAGUGUUAACACUAACUAGGUCAGGAGGGUGGUCCCUACCCUCUGCCAAGGGUGCACAAAUUCUAAAAUAGCCCGGCCUAGUUAGCGUUAACUUUGCAAUUAAUUUUAAUUGAAUUAGAUUGUGUUGUUUCUAUUAUAGUCUUUGUAGUGUUAUCAUGCAAUUUUUGUAUACUUCAUAUUUGAAUUGUAUUAUGUCUUUGAAUUUUAGGACUUUGUAGCUGUUUAUGGAAGGAGUGGAUAAUUUGAAUAAAAUUAUGUAUAACAGCAAGUUCUGUUUGGAAAGGUCUCAUUUGCAAAUAAUAUAUAGCUUUAUGCUAAUGUUCUAUUUGUGAAUGAUGUAAUAGUUUAAUUAUUAUUCCCUGUUUCAAUAUUUUUCAAUAUUUUUCUCUUCUUCUAUUACAAGCAUACAAGGAAAUGAAUUCAAUCCCUCAGAUGACAUGUAGCGAUUAUUUGAUGGUUUCUUACAUAACUUUUUGGCAAUUAUCGAGUUUCAAAUUAUUGGUACAUAUAGUUUUAUGCUGUCUCACCCAUCGAUAUCUAUAAGCUUUAUGGAGUUCGUUGUGCGCGGCCACUUGCAUGAUGUUGGGGCAAAGAAAAAGUACCUGAAGUACACAAUGAACAGUACAUGCGGCCAUACUGGAUUGUAACUUUAAAAAGUCCAGCUCCAACCUUAUGUUAACUGGAUUGUAACUUAAAAAGUCCAGCUCCAAAGGAGCUGUUUUUGUGGAUUAAGGCAACCAGUAAAGCAUUUUAAUGCAUAAUUUUGAUGUCUAUAUUUGAUCUCUCAUGCCUUGUAAUGGAUAGUUCAUUUUAUGGCAUAGGUCCUGGUUUGAAUCAAUACUCAUGUUCUUUCACUCCACAGCCUAAACAUAAAAAAAACAAGAAGGAAAUCUUUCAAACUAAAUAUCUCAUGUUCAUGGUCUAUCUUAUUCACCCUAUAUUCCACUAUGUUAUUACAUAUAAGUAAGUUACUAAGGAUCUGUAUCUCAAAAAUUUUCAUUCUAUGUUAUAAAAAAUAAUUUUAAAGUGUUAAUAUGAUAGUAGGAUACAUUUAAGAAUUUUGAACUAUUUUUAUCAUGAUAUGUUGAUGUUGUUUGGUUUUAAAAUGUACAUUAGUUGACUUAUUGAUGUUAUUUAUGAUUAUGAAGAAAAUAUAUAUAUUGAUAGUACCUAUGCAUAUGGUCAUAAUAAAUUGCCAUAUGAAAAUGGUAGUUAACAUGACAAUUUACAUGUUCAAUUGUUAGAUAUGUUUUUAUGAUGAUCCAUAGUGCAAAUAUGGUCAGCGGGAAGCGGAGAAAUACUCUACAAGAUGAAGAACUAUAUUUGAUGAGUCGGAGACGAAUCAAAAUUUUGUUGUUCAGCGAGAAAAUUGGUCAUCCAAUAUAAUUAUUAUUAUUUAGAUACCCCCACAAAGCUAAACAUAAAUUGAUAAAGCAAAAAAAAAUUGUUAAAUCACCAUUUAAUGUCAAUCCUGUAAAUCAUGAGCAUGGCAUUUUUUAAAAAAGAAAUCUCUCUAAAGAUGAGCUAGCGUAAAGUGCAGGCGCAUUUGAAUUCAGUGAAUUGAUGCUCUUUUGCCACACCUCAUGGCAACUAAUACGCAAUGCAAUAGCUUCAUGCUCACAAUCAUUUAUUAACCAAUGAUUAUCUUGUGGGCGGAGCAAAAUAUUCAUUUCAUCCAAUAUGGAAAAUAUUGGAUUGUUUUCAUAGGCAUACACGUUAAAAAUCAGUUUCAACAUUUUGUCUCUUUAAAACCUCGCAAGACGUCAAAAAAUAUCUGCGCCUCUAAAACCCUAUAUCUAAAUAAUGAUGAUUGAUAUCCCUGAUAAUCAAUGAAUUUAGUAGGCUUUGGUAAUCAUAUCAUGAUUGUCAAUAUUUUGAAUAAUUCAACUGAAUUGAAACAAUGCUGCAUUGGUGUCCAUUUUUAUGUAUAUCUUUGUCAUAUUGAAGUGCAAGCAAAUUAAAGCAGUUUGAUAACUUUUAAAUUGAA